UCCAGGGCGGUCGUAGCUUCGGCGUAGCGCUACGAAAAGUUCGCCUACGGACCGCUACGAAAAGUUUGAGCCUACGAGCCGCCACGGAAAGUUUGCCUCCGGACCGCUACGAAAAAUUAACGUGUAAUGUUAUUCAGUAUUCAACUGUUUCGCGUAUUGAAGUGAUAAUGGAAUAUAAAAAUAAGUGGAAUUUGCGCGAUUAGAAAUUUAGGACAGUGCGGCGGUUGCAGCCCGAUGUGCGGGCGGCGGCGCGAGUAUGCUGGCGCGGCUCUUGCUACUUAGCACCGCCAUCGCGGUGGCCAGCAGUGGGAAACACGGUGGUGUGGAGGUGCCGGAGUUCGGGGAGCCCAUCGCGAACCUGACGGUGCCGAUCGGGCGCGACGCCACGUUCAAGUGUAUCGUCGUCAAUUUGGGCAAUUACCGGGUUGGGUGGGUGAAAGCGGACACGAAGGCGAUCCAGGCGAUCCACGAGCACGUGAUCACUCACAACCACCGCGUGUCGGUCUCCCACACCGACCACUCCACCUGGUACCUUCACAUUAAGAGCGUACAGGAGGAGGACAAGGGACAGUACAUGUGCCAAAUCAACACCGACCCCAUGAAGAGUCAGAUGGGUAACCUAGAAGUGGUAAUACCUCCUGACUUCGUCCCUGAGGAGACGUCUGGUGACACCAUGGUGCCGGAAGGCGGCACCGCGAGGGUGUCGUGCAAGGCGCGAGGUAUCCCACCCCCCAGGGUCAUGUGGAAGAGAGAGGAUGGACAGGACAUAGUCGUUAGAGAUAAUAUGGGAACAAAGACUAAAGUGCUAACAUAUCAAGGUGAAGUUCUGAAACUGUCGAAGAUCUCGCGGUCGGAGAUGGGCACGUACCUGUGUAUCGCCGGCAACGGCGUCCCGCCCACCGUCAGCAAGCGCAUCCAUAUCAGCGUUCACUUUCACCCGGUAAUCCAAGUGCCAAACCAGCUGGUGGGCGCGCCGCUCGGCACCGACGUCACGCUCGAGUGCUAUGUCGAGUCCUCGCCCAAGUCCAUCAACUACUGGGUCAAAGACCCACCAGGUGAGCUCAUUAUACCGUCGGAGAAACACGAGACUUCUGUGCGGCAAAAGUCAAUGUUUGAGACUGAGAUGUCUAUGACUAUCAAGAACAUUCGCAGGGAGGACCUAGGCAGCUAUAUUUGCGUCGCGAAAAACUCUUUAGGCGACGUCGAGAGCAAAAUAAGAUUGUAUGAAAUUCCCGGUAACGACCGACAAGUGCUGCAAUACCCCGACGAGCGGAGGCCAUUCGACGACGACUACAAAACCGAAAUGUACGAGGACGAUUUCGACGAGAAAGACAAUCGCGUGCCGGAUCGCGCCAACAAAUGGUACGCAAAUGACGGCAAAAUCAUUGUCAUGUCAUCGAAUUGCGCACCAACCGCGGUAUUAGCGCUAACCGCUCUCUUCCUACGCUUAAUUCUGUAAAUGAUAGAACGGCCUAUUUUAAUUUGAGGCUUCAUUUGUGGCCUUUGUUACGGCUAUUUAGUGAGACUGUAGUUGAAAUUACGAAUGGUUUUGAUUUGGAAGCGGGUCUCCUGGGAGGGGACAAAAUUACCUCUCGACCUUUGACAGUUUACUUAGGUACUUGAUAAAAAUAUUCUCUUUAUUAUUAUAUCUGUUCCAUCAUUACGGUAUUUACGUAACAAUAAUAAACACUUAUUAUAAACUAAGGGUCAUCUCAUACUGAAAUAAUGAUGAAAGGAGGCGAAACUCAGCUACGUAAAGAAGUAAUAAAAAGGUCAAAUAGCGUGAUGCCGUUUUCAAUUUUGGUGUUUUAUCGGUAUCUCAACGUACAUGGCCUUCCUCUCAUUACGUCUCAUUUAACCUGGUUUUGAAUAAACUAACCUUUAUUAAGGAAUAAAUAUAUUCUCAGAACUAUCUCAGGAGACUUAGCGUGUGUACUACUCAUUCUUCAAUCACCAGGCAACGUGAUAAUAACUAGAUAUAAAAUUUGUACAUAGUUUAAUACAUAAGCUUAUAACGAAAGGAACAGUUAGCUAUUUCAAGUAAAACUAUAUAAGAGCCGCCUAUAUAAGGAGUCAAUCGAUCCAGUCGAACUGAUCGCAGGGCGAUCUGAUCUGCACACACGAAAAUGCACAAAACGAAUCCAGUCAGAUCCGCCUGCGACCGAUCUGACUGAGUCAAUCGGUCUUCUUGUUUAUAGUGGACUUGAAGUGACGAAAAAGCUUGAAAUAGUCAACUUUUCCCUUGAAGGUUUCGAAGUAUUUACUGUUGUUGUCAACGAUACUCAUAGUAAAACGCCAUGUAAAUGCUAUCAAAUAUAAAGUAGAAUUGUUUAUAUUGUAUAAGAAAAAUAAUAUAUAACGUUCGGAAGUAUAUCCUAUUGAGCGGAAGAUGUGUAAAUAAAAAUAGUGAAUGUUAUUUUACUUGGUGCAUAUUUUGUAUUUGUUUACAGAACUGUAUCAUGCUUCUACAUUGUGCAACU